AUGGCAGCGAGAGUAGGGUCAUUGAGGCAGAGUUUUUUAGAGAAGAGCAAAGAAAGGCUCCUCUCUAAGAAGGAAUACCCAGAAUUUGGGCUCGACGACGACGAUGGAGACACCAAGCGUUCCGUGCUCGACGCGCUUUCUGAUCGCGUCGUUAACCUUCGUAACGGGUCGAAAGAGUUUGCAUGGAAAUUGUACGAGAUGGGUCGCUCUGAUCGACGCAAAGUGUUGUUUGCAAUGAAAGCAGGGUUAUCGUUGGCUUUUGUGUCGCUAUUCAUAUACAUUAAGGAGGAGGAGCUUAGCAAGUAUUCCAUCUGGGCAAUCCUCACUGUUGUUGUGGUUUUCGAAUUCAGCGUAGGUGCAACCCUUAACAAAGGGUUCAAUCGUGCUUUGGGAACAAUUUCUGCUGGAGUGCUUGCUCUGGGUAUUGCACAAUUAACCGUGUUGGUUGGUCCAGCUUUUGAUGAACUUAUUAUUGUGGUCGCUAUUUUUAUUGCAGGGUUUUGUGCAAGCUAUGUGAAGCUGUAUCCUGCGAUGAAGCCAUAUGAAUAUGGCUUUCGUGUAUUCUUGUUGACAUUUUGUAUUGUAUUGGUAUCUGGAAGACACGAGUUGCAGUUUUUCACCACAGCUUUUUACAGAUUGGUUCUUAUUGGUGUUGGUGCUGGUAUAAGUUUUUCUGUGAAUAUUUGCAUUUACCCUAUCUGGUCUGGGGAGGAUCUGCACAAAUUGGUGGUGAAAAAUUUCAAUGGAGUUGCUGCAUCCUUAGAAGGUUGUGUAUAUGGGUACCUGCAAUGUGUUGAAUAUGAGAGGAUCCCAUCCAAAAUUCUUGUUUAUCAAGCCUCUGAUGACCCUCUUUACCGUGGUUAUAGAACAGCAGUGCAAUCGUCAAGCCAAGAGGAGGCUCUGGUAGAUUUUGCAUUAUGGGAGCCACCUCACGGUCCAUACAAGCAGUUCAAUUAUCCUUGGGGAAGCUACGUCAAAGUCAGUGGAGCGCUGAGACAUUGUGCUUUCAUGGUCAUGGCAAUGCAUGGAUGCAUACUUUCAGAAAUACAGGCUCCUCCGGAAAAGAGGUUAGUGUUCUGUGAAGAACUUCAGAGGGUUGGUACUGCAGGAGCUAAAGUAUUACGUCAACUUGGAAGCAAAGUGGAAAAGAUGGAAAAACUAAGCACUAGUGACAUUCUCUUAGAAGUUCAUGAAGCAGCUGAGCAAUUGCAGAUGAAGAUUGACCAACAGUCAUUUCUCCUAGUCAAUUCAGAGAGCUGGGAAGCUUCAAGACAGCCUAAGGAAAAUGAACAACCUGCCAAUUUGAUUGAUGUUAAAGACAACGAGAACCAGCAGUCCUUGAUCACUUCCCAGUUCAGUGAAACAGGCGAUGAUUCAAAACUUGAUAUUAGCAUAGAGCCUUCCAUGCCAGAAUCCAGUUUUAUACAGUCCAUGAACAAGAGCUCAGUAUCAUGGACACAUGUUUCAUUUCUCACAGAUGCCAUAAUAAAUGAGCCUGAAUCUAGAGUAUAUGAAAGUGCGAGCUCCUUGUCUUUGGCAACAUUUGCUUCACUUUUAAUUGAGUUUGUUGCCAGGCUUCAAAAUCUUGUGGAUGAAUUCCAAGAUCUUAGUGAGAAGGCUAAUUUUAAAGAUCCCUUUGACCAACCGGUGCUGAAGUAG